UCUAAUUUAGAAUGCAGUGGCCUCAUUUCCUUUCUUUCUUUCUUUUUUUUUUCUUACUCUUAGGAAAGCCUGGAACUUUCAAGUAGGAUAAUUUCUCCCUCCUAUUUAAACUCUACAUGUGUGGCAACUUGCAAGGGUAGGGGUGAUGAAAGUUGAUAGAGAGUAGCUCGCGACCAAUUUGAUCAACAACUUGAUUCGAAACUCGUCAUUGAGUACAUGAAUUUUGUUUAGGCUUGAACGAGAUUUUGAAUCAAACUUUGGAAUUAAGCCACAAUUUUAUCGAGUCGAGUUCGAAUUUCGCCUUAAAUACUCAUUCAAAUUCUAUUUGGAACUUGAAUAUCUCGGAAAAAUAUCGAAUUCAAGCUCGUGCACACCCUUAGGCAAAUGAUAAACAAGUAAUAGAAAAAGUCAAAUCCCGACUAUGGACUCAUUCAAUAAUACAUCCGUUUAUAUUUUUUGUCCUCCUGCUUGGCCAAUCCCUCAAAGUGAUCCCCAGCCAACCCGAUUUUGCAUGAACCUUCAACCAGCACUGCUAGUGCAACUUUAGUUAUUUAGGCAUUGCAGUUGCAGGUCAUUUAUUUGGAAAAUCCCCAAGAAUCGCACUAGCAUUGGUUUCCAAGCCCUUCAUCAUCUCAUAGCACGUGCAGCAGAAUUUUUCAGUUUUUGUAUUUUUCAGAGCCACAAAGGAAAGCGUUCGUUCAUGCUGUGAUGUUUCUCUCACAGCUUUCAGCAGUAUCGAGGAGAACAGGCAUUCUUUCUUUCGUGUUUGACGAGUAGGUAACAUUACACUGUGAGUGCUUUGCAGUUUGCAUGCCACAGCGGGCAGUCGACAAUUUUCUGCUUUCGCAGCUGGCCAAUUAUUAAAGUUGCAAUAUGCAAAUUCCGUUCCUAUAUACCGGGGACUGCAAUUCUUUUCGCUCGCUGGAUCUUGUUUCCUUCGGAGCCCAUAGAUUCCCUCCAUUGGACCAGUAAACUUCUUCAAAUUACAAACUCUGCAUGGGGAAGAUUGGAGGAACUUCUUGGUUAAACGUGGUGAAAAAGGCUUUCACAUCUCCUGCAAAAGACCGACACCAAGAUGAGAAGAAGAGCGGCAAAAGAAGGGAUCAGGAACAUGACCAACAAGAAGAAGAAAAGAAGAGGGGAAAACGAAGAUGGAUUUUCCAGAAGCCUUGGUCUUGCGAAACAACAAUACAGCGUGAUGAAACCCAAAAAAUGAACUUGGCCUCAAAUGCAUCAGCCAAUAUGUCGGGCGCAAAUCUGGCAGGGACUUCUGCACCAGAGAUGGCCCAGCAACAAUGUGCAAUUGGUGUGGCUAUGGCAACAAAAGUGGCUACUGAAGCAGCAGUUGCGACGGCAGAGGCCGCUGCAGAAAUUUUGAGGCUUACUAGGCCUUCCAUUUCAGAUGGACAGCGGCGCGCAGCUAUUUUAAUUCAAUCAGCCUUCAGAGGGUAUUUGGCAAGACGGGCACUACUUGCACUUAAAGGGCUUGUAAAGCUGCAAGCCUUAGUAAGAGGCCAUAAUGUCCGCGAACGAGCAAAGAUGACACUCCAAUGCAUGCAAGCUCUUAUCCGCUUGCAAGCUCAAGCGUGUGAUCAACGAAAGAGGCUAUCAUGUGAAGGAUAUAUUUUUCGUAGUGAUGCUAACAGCAAAUGGGGACCUCUUACCACGGCCAAGAAGUCCAGGGAUGCAAGGGGUUCAGUUGAUGGUCAAUACCCACCGCCAAUGUACAUCCAUGACCUGUUGCAGGAAACAGAAGAGGUUGCUUCAAAACCUGGAAUGCAUCUUUCUCGGGCCUUCUCUCGACAGAUGUGGAAAACUGGCAAAGCUCAAAUUUCAGUGGACAAAGCAGCAUAUGAAGAGAACCCCAUAUUAUACGAGUCAUUUGACAGGAUAAGAAAGCAGCCCAAGGAAAUCAGCAGAGCCUCGUGUGAUGAAAACGAUUCCGUUAACAUUGUUGAAAUGGACAGCAGCAUCCGACCUUGCACUUAUACAGCUCAGAAUCUCCCAACAAGACAAGCUUGCAAUUACCAGGACUGUCGACACUGGCCAUCCUCUUACACAACUUCAUCUCCUCUCCAUAGGAUGUCCGAGUUGUCCAUCCAACCACCUGUUCCUCAAUCCCCAGUGAGAAUAAAACCUCUCAAAAUGCAGUCAGCUAGCCCACGUUGCCAAAGAGAAGAGAUACAGUCCAGCAGCUCACACUCCAACUUGCUCCAACUUCUCUGUUCCUGCACAUAA